AUGAAUCUAGCGAUUUUAAAUAAAGAAUUAUGCAAAUUAUCGAUAGCAAAUCAAAAAGUAAACGAAUUCACCGAGAAGUUGCACGAAUUAUGUAUUGCUCUUAAUGAGUUACGAGAAAUUUGCAUAUUUAUUACGCAAUGUGAAAAAUUAAGUGGCGAAUUAGAAGGUGAACGUCGAUCACAUGCUGAUGAAUUACGACAAAUUAAUCAGGAUAUCAAUCAUUUGGAAGAUACGUUCAAAAGUUUAAAAAAUGGGAAUGAUUCUAAGAAAGAAAGUAUCACACAAAAGUAUCAUGAAAUUGAGCGAGAUUUAAAUCGUACGAAUGAAAUUUUAUGCGAAAGCGGUAUUCCGGAAACAGAUUUGCUAACAAAUCAAAUACUUUUUCCGUCACAAUUUGAUGAAGUGAUCGAUAAUAAUGCUGCAAAUCAUUUGGCACUAACAGCACCGCUUGUCCUAAAUCAAUUAUCGCAUCUCUCAUUCCUUGAAAUAUUAAAUCGACAUCGGAAUCAUAUUCUGGAUACUUCCGAUCGAUUUUCAUGUACAUCCGGUAGUGCAACAACUGCUACAGCUACUGCUAUGACUAACAUUAUAUCAGCCAUAAGUGAACCAGCUAAGAUGAAGAAAUGUCAAUCCUGCGAACAACUUAUACAUCGAAAUGCUCCCAUAUGUCCACGUUGUAAGGCGAAAAGUCGAUCAAAAUAUUCAAAAAGAUCAAGAAAAUUAGAGUAA